UCCUCCUCCUCCUCCUCCCUCUUCCUCUGACCUCCCACGCCGCUCCGCUCGUUAUUAGUACUAGAAAGCCCACCCCCUCUCGAGCGGCGAGUCGAGGAAGAAAGAGCGGGCUUUGGGGCUGCCGGUCGCUCGCUUUCCUUCAGAUCUAACAGAGUCUAGGGCUUCAGUCGAUGAUCUGGUGAGCGCUUCUGUUUCCGGGCGGGGAGAGGACAUGGGUAAUUGCUUGAACUCUUCGUCUCGGGUCGAGAACGCUCAUCCUCCUCAGAACGCCUCGAGUUCUUCGAAAGCAGCGGUUACUAGUAAGAGAAGUUUGUUUUCUGUUUCCUCGAUUCGGACAACAUGCUCGACCCCGUCUACUCUAUCUGUGCAAUCCUCUAGUGAUAUGAUAGGCAGUCUCACUACUCCUACACCGAGAACUGAAGGUGAAAUAUUAUCAUCCUCACAGCUGAAGGCUUUCACCUUCAUCGACUUGAAAAACGCCACGAGAAAUUUCCGACCCGAAAGUCUGCUGGGGGAAGGAGGAUUCGGUUAUGUCUAUAAAGGUUGGAUCGAUGAGCAAACCUUUUCGGCUUCAAAACCAGGAUGUGGGAUGGCUGUUGCAGUUAAGAAGCUUAAACCUGAAAGUUUCCAAGGUCACAAGGAAUGGCUGACAGAGGUUGAUUAUCUAGGUCAGCUUCACCAUCCAAAUUUAGUCAAGCUUAUUGGUUAUUGUUCAGAGGGGGACAAUAAACUGCUUGUCUACGAGUUCAUGCCGAAAGGCAGCUUGGAAAAUCACCUCUUCAGAAGUUCUCAGCCACUCUCAUGGGUAACGAGGAUCAAAGUUGCAAUUGGAGCUGCUAGAGGACUCACUUUCUUGCACGACGCCGAAUCGCAAGUCAUAUAUAGGGAUUUUAAGGCAUCCAAUAUUCUUCUCGACUCGGAAUUCAAUGCUAAGUUAUCGGACUUUGGCUUGGCGAAGGCUGGACCGACCGGCGAUAAAACUCAUGUGUCGACUCAGGUCAUCGGUACUCAUGGAUAUGCAGCUCCAGAGUAUAUUGCUACAGGUAGACUCUCAGUGAAAGCCGAUGUGUAUAGUUUCGGCGUCGUGUUGUUGGAGCUCUUGUCUGGACGCCGUGCUGUGGACAAAUCGAAGAUGGGAAUAGAGCAGAAUCUAGUCGAAUGGGUGAUACCCUUUUUGGGAGACAGGCGAAAAUUAUAUCGGAUCAUGGACAGGAGUCUGGAAGGCCAGUACCCAAAGAAAGGAGCCCUUGCGGUUUCCAUACUCGCUUUGCAAUGCAUCUCCGACGACCCGAAACUCCGUCCCAAGAUGUCUGAUGUAUUGGCCUCUCUAGAGCAACUGCAAGGCGUUUCCUCUGCUGCAGGAAAAUCAGUAUAAAUCUGUCAGCGGCGUCACUAAUUAGUCGUAGUAUCCUCUUUAGUACCGAGAGAGCGUGAGAGAUCUCUCAUUUGAUCUUGUAUUUUUUGAGUGAAUGCCACGUCUUUGCAACAAA